AUGGCUAGCAAGAUCGGCAAUAUCAGCUCGCUCCCUCCAGAAGUAAUCCUCAUGAUCCUCUCAUACCUUCCUCUUGAAUCACUGCUCUCAUUCGGCGAAACAUCUCGAUCUAACUAUGAUUGUCACCUUCUAUCCCUUAAACGCCUUCGAUUAGCCGUCUUUCAGAAACGCAUACACUCUAUUAUCUCCUUCCUCCAGGCUGGCUGGGCGACACUGGACCAGGUAACGAAACUUAGGGAAAAUGGAGAUUGCCGGCUCGACUUUACUGCUUCCGUUGUGCAGCCACCAGCCACCCAUAUGAAACAGGAACCGAUUUGCGAAUACCCUCUUAGAACAAAAGACCUGAAACGGCGAAGCCUAGCCAUCAGUGAGAAUAAGCCGAGAACGCUGGAACAGAUGGUCCGACUACAGAACCAAUUAUUCGCAAAACUUGUCCGCCGCUAUGGAGCAUCUCUCGUCGACUUGGAAUUCAUGGCUUACGAUAUCAAUACCGAAAGUGCUGAAGCUCUAGGUAAAACAUGUAAGCGCUCAUUACGCCAUUUGGCAUUGCGCUUCGAACAUCCACAUAUUCGAGACGGUCUCAUGAGACCAACCGCCUGGCUUCAGCCCGCACGAGGCAGUACGGCUUGGAACGCACUGAUAGGAAUCGGACCGUAUAAGAACAUGGGAAUCACAGGGUUGGAAACACUCAUCAUGGAACGAACUGGCAUCACACCGUGGCAGCUGUCGAUGCUGGUCCAGAACAACCCGAAUCUUACAACACUCAAGCUGAGGACUUGUAAUGGUGCCCAGCCCGAGUUUUUGAACUGGCUCGGAGGUUAUGACGAGGAAUCAGAUGAGCAUUUUGUUGGAGAGGAUGGGCUCGCGCCAGGCGCUAGAUUGAAGGUUCUCUGGCUCGAAAACUGUCAGCAGGUUCUCUCACAUCCUAUCAAAUAUUUCAAAAACACGCCGAGUGAAAUAUGCGAUUUUGACCUUGAGUGGGUCAGGGGCUUAAAGAAUCUUGAGUCACUUUCUUUUAGCGAAUGCUCUUCCAUCCCUUCCGAAUAUGUUGACAGAGCGAAUAGGUUGAUCUGGAAAAUUCCAGAGGUCAUCCUGCCAUACUCUAUUUGCACUGAAGAUUCCAAGAUUGAGGUUGAUCCGCUGGUUCUGUAG